GUCUGAGAUCGGAGUCCUGCUCAUUUAAACGGAGAGAUAUAAGCGGCUGAACGCGCACCGGAUUCACACGCGCUCGGUGGACGAACGGAAAGUGUCGCCGGUGCGCGUGCACGAUUUAUCGACGAGACAGUGACUGAGAGAGACAUCGAGCAGACCGGGAGGAGCGGAGGAAUGGUGGAUAACACCGGCAGCAGUAAAACACAGAUGGAGGGGGGUUUGGGGGGCGGGUACCCUCAGAGUGGCCCAUCGGGGGUGAAGCUAGAGGCCAUGAUGGAGCAGCUUCAACGCCAACAGCAGGCACGUUUGGACAUGGAGCGGAAGGAGCGGAUGUUGCGUGAAGCUCACAUCAUGUAUGCGCAGCAGGUUGCGGCGCAGCAGGCCAUUCUGGCCGCCGCCCGAGCUUCUGGAGCUGGCUUCAUGGGCAAGAGCUUCGGCACAGGGGCCGCGGCACCCCCGGGGGUCGGGCAGCUGUCUCAAGUGUCUAAUCAGAGCAGUGUGGACUCAGAACGCGAGGAUGAGGAGGAACGAGGCCGAGACUCAGGUGAGGAAGAUGAUGAUGAUGAUGAAGAUAUGAUGGAGGGAGAUGAAGGCAGCGAGGAAGAUGACAGGGCGCCCAGCGGGCUGGAGUUUCUCAGGAAGCAGACGCUGGCACUGCAGCAGGGAGCAGCCUGGAUCCCUGCACGUCCGUUUGGGAAUGUUGGGGACUCGCCAGCUCCCGCAGGCACCCAGAGAGCACUGUCACUUCCUAUCAGGGUGAAACAGGAGACAGAAGACGAUCUCUCACCCGUCGCGCGGCCAUCGGUGUCUUCUCCUAACGGCCAAGCAGACUGGAGCUAUGACGAGCAUUUUAAACAGAAUGGCAGUGCGUCCUGGCCGGAUGAUGUGGAUAAUGCCCGCGGGAGGAGUGAAGCCUCCAGAGAUUUUGCCAAGUUAUACGAGUUGGAUAAUGACCCGAACAGGAAGGAGUUUCUUGAUGAUCUUUUCACCUUCAUGCAGAAAAGAGGGACUCCAGUGAACAGAAUUCCCAUCAUGGCAAAGCAGGUGUUGGAUCUGUACAUGCUCUAUAAGCUGGUGACAGAGAAGGGUGGACUGGUGGAGGUCAUUAACAAGAAGAUCUGGAGAGAGAUCACUAAGGGUCUAAACCUGCCUACCUCCAUCACCAGUGCUGCCUUCACGCUACGCACACAGUAUAUGAAGUAUCUGUACCCAUACGAGUGUGAGCGGAAGGCUUUGAGUUCUCCCAGUGAACUACAGGUGGCCAUUGACAGUAACCGUCGUGAGGGGCGUCGACCUAGCUACAGUAACAGCCUGUUCCGCUUUAGCCCCUCCCCCAGCUCCGCCCCUCACAUCCUCUCACCUCCCAAGAUGCAUCUGUCCGCACUGGGCCCCGGGGCCAUUGGGGCCCUGAACGGACUUCAUGCGUCACCUGGGCCGUCUCUGAAAAAGGGACUGGAGGACACUUUCCCUUCUCUGUUAUGUGGGCGUUCUCCAGGCAUGGCGCUGGCGUUGGGUCAGCAGCAGGUGGCGGGUUUGGCGCGAGCGGCCACACUGGAGCAGCUCAGAGAGAAACUGGAGACUGAAGCGCCGGAGAGGAAGAUCGCUCGACUUGCAGAAGAGCAGCAGAGACUGAUGCAGCAGGCCUUCCAACACAACCUGCUCGCCAUGACAUCACACAUACCCAUGAACCUGCGGCUCGCAGCUCCACCCAGAGAUGAGAAACAUGAUCUGGCGAUGAGUAUUUCCUCUACUGGAGCGGCGGGUAUCAGUGUAUCAGUGAAAAUAAAUGGCAUUAUUUACUCAGGUACUUUGUUUACCCAGAAGUCUGCAGCUGCAGGUAUGAAUGUGUCUGCUGCAGCUACUGCAUCUUCAGCUGGACCCAGUGGGGUAAAGACCUUCCCUGGUUCCGCCCCCAACCAAAGCCCCACCUCCUCUUUCUCCUCCAAGGGGCCAAGCUCAGCAGAACCAUCCACCAACAGCUCGCCGUAGCUUGAGUGCAUUCACUCGUUGCAGCCCAGCACUGUGCUGAAUACAUCAGUCAUUGAUCAAACUGUUGCACAACCAGUACCUCAUUUUCUCCUGUCAACUUUGGCUGUCCACAUAUUUUGAAACAUAUUUGCGGUUUUCACACAACUACACAGAUACAUACACAUUUGCAUGCACCCAUACACUAACGUCGCAACUCGCUGGAUCUCAUUCAUGAAACGCGAGCAGAACAAACAUCUUUGUAAAACCAUUCUUGCAUAAAUUGUCGCAUUCAAUUCAAUGCAACAUUUUACAUAAGAAUGGACUCAUGAACAGCUAUUUUUUCUGCUCGUGUUUCACACAACUGGCGCGAUGUUUUCGAGAAAACGCUGUUUACAAUCAGAACGUUCAGCCAAACAACUGACAGGUUUCAUAGAACUUGAAGAUUUUAUUUAGAAACAAUGUGUGUUGCAAUCUUUUGUUUUCUGAUUUUGUUUUAUUUUUUCUAAAUUAUAUUUUUCACUCAAGGAUCCUCAUUUUACAUACCUCAAAACAAAUUAUCUGCAGUGGUUUAAUACUACAGGAUUGUCUUUUACCUCAGGAGCUGUAGUUUAUACUGUUUCUCAAUGAAUUUUAUAUUUUUUUAGAAUUUGUCAGAAUCAGGAAUUUUAAGGAUGGCACCUCAGUUGCUCUCUUCUAUGCAUUUGUCUCCUUAUGGACCUGUCUGGGGUCUCGCACCUCACCAUGGGCCCCUGUGGCCCUUUUAUCUGGGCAGUAUCUUUAGGGUGUGAUGGUUUGGCAAGGGAAAUUCUAAAAAAAUCUCAUGGGGGUCUUGGAAUUAUUGGUGGUUCCAUGACUUCAGCCCCUGAUCCCAGAACUGCCCAGAGAACAACCGUCAGUUACCUCAAACAUACAAACGAACUAAAUGGUUGAUGUCACUCAGAUGUCACACCUUUCACAAAACCUGUCAAGAACAUUACCAGGUCAUAUUUCACCCCAAAAUAAAAAGACAAAAAUAUGACAUUAUUUUGCAUUAAGAAAGUCUAUUUUAAGACCACAAAAUUUUCUUUACAUUGUGACUAUUUUAUUGCCAACUAAGCACAUUUUCCUGCCAAACUCUUAUCAUCAUAAUCAGGGCUGGGAGGGUUACUUUUAAAAUGUAUUCCACUACAGACUAUAUAUUCCGUUAGAUUAUUCAAGGUUAAUAAAAUACUGUAAAUACUUCAGAUUACCUCAUCACAAUUUUAUAUAUAUAAAUGUGUGUGUGUUUUGACUAUAAGUUGAUGAUAAUGAAAGAAAAAAACCUGGUACCUGCCAGUACAGUAAGACAAAAUACACUUAUUAAAAAUAUUUUCUCGAAAAAAAAAAAAAAAAAAAGCCUAAAUAUCUUAAGCAGUGUUGCUUUUAAAACAAGCCAAGUAAAUAUAUCUUGUUUUAAGGAUUUUAGAUAGUUUUACAGGAAAACAAUACAAAAAUGCUCAUCAAGAAUAAAAUUUUUGCAGUAAUUCUUUGCACAAAUAUCAAAAUGUCUUACUAGAGAAAUAAAAUAUAUGAUCUAAUGUGGAUUUUCUUGAUGGAAAAUUUAAUCGUGCCUGGAAACAGUUGCAUGUAAAAAGGUUAGAAAUAGAAUUUAGCUUAGCAUAAAUCUAAAUGUUUACAUGACAGUUUACAUAAGAUUGACUUUUUCUACUGCUCCAAACUUACUUCAAAACCCCAUAGAGUGUACACUGCGACAUAUUUUUUUGAUCGUGUGGAUUCUCUCUGUAGAGCUGUUCAACCGUGACGUUAAUUUGUAGGCGAAUUCGUAAGGCUAAUUCGGGAAUUUCCUAUAGGUUUCUAUAAUGUUUUCCAAAUAUCUUUAUGUAGUGUUUACCACAGACCUUAUUUUACUCAAAAGUCCAAAACUGCCAUUAUAAAAACCUAUUGGAAAAUCCAGAGUGAACCCAUGGCUCAGAAAUGCUUAUUCUCUUCUGGGUUUUUGAACUACAACCUGAACAUCUCUAUUAAAGGAAUAGUUCACCCAAAAAUUAAAAUUCUCUUAUCAUUUACUCACCCUCAUGCCAUCCCAGAUGUGUAUGACCUUCUUAUUUCUGCUGAACACAAAGAAGGAUUUUUAGAAGAACAUUUUAGCUCUGUAGGUCCAUAAAAUGCAAGUGAAUGUUGGCCAGAAUAAAGGUAAUCCAUUAAACUCCAAUAGUUAAAUCCAUAUCUUCAGAAGCGUGAUAAUAGGUGUGGGUAAGAAAUGGAUCAAUAUUUAAGUCCUUGUUUACUAUAAAUUCUCCUCCCUACCCAGGUGCUGAUAUGCAUAAAUAAUGUGAAACACCAAAAACAAAAGAAGAAGAAUAUGAAAGUGAAAGUGUAGAUUUAUAGAAAAUGUUUUACAUGUAAUCUGUUACUUUCCAACCCUGACCGUAAUGUAUCCAGAUGUUUUACUUUUUUAUUUUUUUUAACUCUACAAUUUUUAUUGUAUUCCAGUCAUCAUA